AAGCAAGAAGCCGAAGGGAUCAGAAUAGGAAAUAGUUUAACUUCGGUACCGAAUACCUACUAUAGUUUGUCUUAAAAUCUAGUGACUGAGCAGAGUUGGAGUUUAAGGACUAAAAAUUGUGAUCAUGAUAUGUUGGGACUCAGCGAAAACGCAAGAAGACAGAAACACAAAUUAUAGACUUGGAUAAAAUUUACACUGUAGGCCAAAUCGCCUGAAAUUCUAACACAGGAAUUCAGCACCACGGUCAUUCUGCGUAAGUUCAGCUUUGACGUGUUGUAUUAUCGGAAACAUGUAAAUACCAGGUAGAUGCUUAGCAUGCGACGGUUUGAUUCCUCUUGGUGAAGAGUACUAUUCCGUUUAUUUUAUUAUAUAAAAAGCACCGAAGAAAGAAAAAAAUGACAACAUAUUGUCAUUAUCGGAAAAACUGUUACUAUGAAUGCCUCAGAUUAUUGAUUCAAACUGUGUUGUUUUUGGGGACUAGUCAGGUUAUCCUAUCACACAGAUUGAGUUUGUCUGUAGUUGAGGGACAACCACCGGAGACUAUGGUGGGGGAUAUUAGCGCUGUCUUCCCCACCGAGACACGAGCCAAUGGCUAUUUCAUUUCGGAAAGCGAAGAAUCGCUUGUUUUCAGUGAUCUGAACAUCGAUGUGGACACCGGAAUUAUAAAAACAGCGAAAGUCUUAGACCGAGAGACGACAGAUCGAUACGAAUUUGUAGCUGUAACUUUAACGGGGCAGAUGGUCAAGGUGGAGAUCUUGGUCAAGGAUGUAAAUGACCACACACCGGUUUUCCCGAGGGAGAAAGUCCAGCUCAAUAUCUCGGAACUAACCCCGAUAGGGACAAGAUUUCAACUUGACGAAGCCUGGGACCCAGACACGGAAAGAUUUAGCAUCCAAGGUUAUGCGAUCACGCAAGGAAACCCGGGGAUAUUUCGACUUCAGUCCGAGAAAGGGGUCAACAGUCUCUGUCUCGACCUCGUACUCAGCGGCUCCCUGGACCGGGAAACCAGAGACUUUUAUUCCCUCACCGUCCAGGCUUUCGAUGGGGACACUCCUCCCAAGACGGGGAAGAUGCAGCUAGACAUUAACAUCCUGGAUGAGAAUGACAACCCGCCCCGCUUUAACCAGACCGAGUAUGAAGCCUGGAUUUGGGAAAAUGCGGCCCCGGGUACCCGGGUCUGUCAGCUCCAGGCCAGCGACCCGGACCAAGGCAACAACGGCUUCAUCACCUACGAGAUUGACCGGAGGCAAAGCGACCCCAGCGGCCACUUCACCAUCGAGAGCCGGAGCGGCGAGGUCCGGGUGCAGAAGGUGCUCGACCGGGAGAGCCAGGCCUGGCACCAGUUGGUUAUCCGAGCCCGGGAUCACGGCUCCCCGGCCGAGCUGGGCAGCGCCUUCCUCUCGGUGCGGCUGCUCGACCUCAACGACAACCGGCCGUCCAUCAGCAUCCUGUACCUAAGCCCGAGCGGCCAGGCCGAGGUGUCGGAGGCAGCGGCCCCGGGGCACCUGGUGGCCAGGGUGUCGGCGGGGGACCCAGACCUUGGGCCGGCCGGUGAGCUGCGGCUCUGGCUGCAGGAGGAGGAUGGAGAGCAGAGCAGCGCCUUCGAGCUGCUGGAGUCCCCGCUCCGCUCCGUCUACCUGCUGUGUGUGAGCGGCCGCCUGGAUCGUGAGCAGCGCGAUUCGCACCGCUUGACCCUGAGCGCCGCCGACUCGGCCUCGCCGCCGCUUCGCACUCAGCUCUCGCUGGACCUGCGCGUCACCGACGUCAACGACAACGCGCCCGCGUUCCAGCGCGAUGUGUACACGGCGCGCGUCCCCGAGGGCCCGCUUCCCGCCAACGGGGCUGUACUGGUGCGGGUGCGCGCGCAGGACCCGGAUGACGGCGCCAAUGGCACUGUCAGGUACGCCAUGUUGGAGCACGAAGCGGCGCAGCCUGUUCAGAUCGAUCCGCUGACGGGAUUCAUCAGCGCGACGGCCACGGCGGCUUCAUGGUUGGACCGGGAGAUCCAUGAGGUGAUCCGCCUGUUGGUGGUGGCCCGGGACCUGGGCGAGCCGCCCCUCUCCUCCACCGCCACCGUCUUGCUGCACGUCGAGGAUGUGAACGACAACGAGCCAGUCUUCGAACAACAAUUGUACAGAGCGACCGUGCGGGAGCACACAGAGCCCGGAACCUGCUUCCUUCAGGUUAGUGCAAGAGAUGCAGACAGUGGUCAUUUUGGUACCAUCCGUUACUCUCUUUAUGAGGGUGUUAACAAGUAUGAAAAAUCACACUUCUUCACUAUUGACAGCUCUACUGGUAAAGUCUGUACAGCUCAGAAUAUGGAUCGAGAUGAUGGACCUCCAAUUUAUGAUUUGUUAGUGAUGGCUGAGGAUGGGGGUGGUUUGAGUGCUCAGUCAUUUAUCCACUUGGAGCUACAAGAUAUCAACGAUAACCAACCUGUAUUCAACCCACUGACAUACAUAACCAGUAUCAGCAGCCAUACACAGCCUGGAACAGAGAUUAUAAAUGUGAUUGCCUCUGACAGGGAUUCUGGAAUCAAUGGACAAGUGUCAUAUGAACUUCUAGCUGGAAAUUUUUCUUCUCUGUUCUCUGUAGACUCCACGACAGGUGCAGUGUGUUUAACUUCUGUCCUCAGUCACUUACAGCUUUCCAGUGUACAGUUGAAAAUUGCUGCACGAGAUGGUGGGAACUUGACUUCGUUUAUCAAUGCAACUGUAACUGUUCACAUUCUUCAAAGUUCCCUUGCUCCGACAAUGUUUGAGAGAUCUUAUUAUUCCUUCACUAUACUAGAAAAUGCCCCUGUAGGAAGUACUGUUGGAACAGUACAAAUUGCAAAUAUCCUAGAUUCUCUGCAGUUAAAAUACAGAAUUUCCUCUGGGGAUCCCUAUGGCUAUUUUUCUAUUGAAUCUAAAUCUGGUCUCAUCAGAAGCAAUAAGCAGUUAGAUCAUGAAGCCGAACCUUUUGUGCUGCUUACUGUUGAGUCUCAAACCAGCAGCUCUGUUAUGUACAGCAGUACUCAGGCCAACAUAACAAUUAUUGAUGUCAAUGAUAAUGCACCAACAUUCCACCAAGAAUCUGAAAUUAUUACCAUUGCAAAGAACACUUUACCAGGAACUGUUAUCUACAUUGCCCAUGCUGAAGACAAAGACAGUGGAUCAAAUGGAAUAGUUGUGUACAGUUUACAAAAUGACUAUGAACAAAUUUUUACGAUUGAUUACAUCCAUGGAACACUUUGCCUGAAUAGGACCCUUUCCUCAAUGAAACAGCAGUACAGUAUAAAUGUUCUAGCAUGUGACCAAGGACCCCAACCAUUGAGUGCUGUGUUCAUGUUAUUUUUGAAUGUUGACCAUUUGGAUGGUGAUUUGACUUUUGAAACACUUGUUUACCAAGUUGAUGUCAGUGAAGCUGCACCAUCAAACAUGCGAAUUUUGCAAGUUCGUGCUCACAGACAAGAUCAGCAAGCAGCCUCAGGCUUAGUUUACUCACUUCAGCAAAAUUUGGAUUCAUUAACAUUUGGCAUCCAUGCUGCCAGUGGCUGGAUUUACAUUCAGAGAGCUCUGGACUAUGAAUCCAAGCGUAGUUACAACUUUAAAGUGUUUGCCAUAAAUCCAAAGGAUCAGUUAAAACGAAGUGCUGCUGCCACUAUAACUGUUAAUGUUGCCGAUGAAAAUGAUAGUCCUCCUAAGUUUGCACAAAAAUUUUAUUUUUUCACAAUUGAAGAAAACUCCAUUCCUCAGGGCCUGAUUGGAAAAGUACAAGCAACAGAUAGAGAUUCAGGAAAAAAUUCUCAGUUAUCAUAUAUGCUGUUAUCUGAUGGAAAAUUCUUCAGAAUUAAUUCAAAGACAGGUGAGAUUAUUAAUUGGGUUGCAUUAGAUCGUGAACAUCAUACACACCACCAGAUGUCUGUACUAGUUACAGAUCAUGGUGUGCCUCGACAAAAUGCCUCCGCCAUUGUUUAUAUCACAGUCACUGACAUUAAUGAUAAUGAACCACUGUUUUCCUACCCUGGACCUAGGCAUGAGUACACUGUCAAGGUUUUGGUAGCUCAACCUGAAGGCACAUUUUUGACCACCCUAUUUGCUAAGGAUCCAGAUGUUGGCAAAAAUGGCACUGUUUUUUUCUCUAUAUUAGAAGAUUAUUCAAAUAGCUUCAAAAUUGAUGCCAAAACUGGAGAACUGAGAACCUCCAAGGUUUUCAUGUACAGUCAUGUAUCAAAUCACAAAAUAACAGUGAUGGCAAGUGAUGCAGGAAGCCCUCCUCUUCAACAGACUGCGAUAAUUAAUAUACAGGUUAUCCCCACAGUCACAAAAAAACUGACCCCUCAAACUGAUCAAAAAUAUUUUAUCAUGCCAGAAGGUUUAAGGCCUGGAAAAGUUUUGGGUUCUGUGUUUUCACAUGACCAUCAUCUGCUGGCCAGUCGGAAAGUACAUUACAACAUUGUUGAAGGUGAUGACCACUUUCAAUUUGGAGUUGACAGUAUGACAGGGGAAUUGUACCAAAGCCAAGAACUAGACUAUGAAGCAAGUUCGCAUUAUUUGCUAAAGGUUAUUGCAGAAGAUGAUAGCCAAAUCCCUUCAAGGAAUAUUACUGUUUUUGUCAGUAUUAAAGUAGAAGACCAAAAUGAUCAUUCACCAUGGUUUGAAGAUGAUAUAGUUGUGAUCGGAAUUCAAGAAAAUCUUCCGAUUGGGUCUCUUGUUCACAUAUUUAAUGCAAAAGAUGAUGAUGGAAGUGGACCAAAUAGCGAUCUCCGAUAUUCUGUUGUGUCCAGGAGUUCCUCAGAAAAUCAUUUCUACAUAGAUCCCUAUCAAGGUCACUUAAAUACUAUAUUGCCGGUUGACCAUGAAAUGACCAAAGCAUUUCUUCUAACAAUAACAGCAGUGGAUCAGGCAUUAGAUGUAAAUGAACGCAAGGUAGGCUCAGUGACAGCUCAGAUUAUUGUUUUGGACGUAAAUGAUAACAGACCUAUAUUUGUGUCAGCAAAUGUUUCCUAUGUAAUGGAAGAUGAGGAAGUGGGGUACCUUGUCCAUCAUGUUAUUGCAUAUGAUGCAGAUGCAGGUGAAAGUGGAAGAAUUUCAUAUGCCAUCAUCUCAGGGAAUGAAGACAACACUUUCACGCUUGAUGAAUCGUCAGGUCUGCUGACGUUGGCCUCCCAUUUAGACCAUGAAAUGCAAAAAUCCUAUAUCCUCACAAUUUCAGGAUGUGACAGUGGAAUUCCUGGUCAAUCUUCAACACAGACACUGAUGGUCAUCAUUAUUGAUAUAAAUGAUGAAACACCAAAGUUCCAAGAAUCUGUCUAUGAAGUUGGAGUUCCUGAAAACCUCAAAAUAGGAGCAUUUGUUAUCAAGAUUGAAGCUUCUGAUAGAGAUUCAGAUCUGAAUUCUGCACUCAUUUAUGAGAUUUUACCAGGAGCUGGAUAUGAUGCAUUCAAAAUAAACCCCAAAACUGGUAUCAUCACUACAACACAAGUAUUGGAUAGAGAAAUGCAAGAAUAUUUUGGCAUUAAAGUUUUGGUCCGAGACAGUGGAACCCCUUCAUUAUCUGACACAACUACAAUCAUGAUGACUGUACUGGAUGAAAAUGACCACCAGCCUGAAUUCAUGCCUCCUUUACAUGAGCUGCAUAUUUCAGAGAAUAUGGAACCAGGGAUUAUUCAUACAGCCGUGGCUUUGGACAUGGAUGCAGGGGACAAUGGUCUUGUUAGAUAUAAAAUUAUUGGUGGUAAUUUUACUGAUACGUUCAAAAUUGAUUCUAUUUCUGGAACGCUUGCUACAACUAGAUGUUUGGACAAAGAAGAAUUUAAUAACCUUUCCCUUACUAUAGAGGCUCAUGACCUUGGCAGCCCACAAAGAACAUCUAGUGCAGAGCUUUGGAUUAUUAUCUUGGAUGAAAAUGAUAAUAGCCCAGUGUUUGAAAGAAAUUAUUAUCGUACGUUUGUGAAUGAAGGUGUUCCUAUUGGAUCAGGUAUACUUCAGCUAAUUGCUACUGACAAAGACGACGGCUCCAAUGGAGAAAUUACAUACUCUCUAAUUGAUGAUACUUUUGGAGCAUUUACUAUCAAUGGUAAUACUGGCAUCAUUGUAACAACAAAUGAAUUGGAUAGAGAGACAAAAUCACAAUAUGUCUUCAGAGCAGUGGCAAUUGACAACAGUAUUCAAAGUCCAAGAAGUACCACAGUUAAUGUAAUGAUACAUAUUGAAGAUGUAAAUGACAAUUUUCCUAUUUUUAUGCAAAACCCAGUGAUUGCACAUGUUACUACGGACACUCAGAUCAGCCAUGUUAUCGCCACUGUGAAAGCUGUUGACAAGGAUUUGGGACAAUAUGGCAUUGUUACUUUCCAGAUUUUGCAGCCUGAUUCAGUAUUUGCAGUGAACAACACCACAGGUGAAAUUUACCUUAAAACACCAUUAUCCCAGAAUCACUUUCAUACAAAUCAUCUGUCUGUUGUUGCAAUGGAUCAGGGUAAUCCAGCUAGGUUGUCGUCUGGGCUUGUGCUCAUACACCAGCAAGUAGAAAAAAGAGGAAUUUGGUUCAGUCGUAAUUUAUAUGAGAUCACAAUUCCUGAAAACAUCAAAGCAGGCACAGUGGUAUUGAGUAUCAUGGCUCAAAACUACAGCACGAAUGGAGAGCUAGUCAUAUACAGCAUCUUUAGUGGGAAUGAAAACAGAGCCUUUCACAUAGAUUCAAAUACUGGUGAGAUUGUAGUAAGAGAUUCCAAAUUUCUGGAUUAUGAAGUCAGAACUAAGAUGCAUUUGGUAUUGUUGGCAGAAAGUAAUCAUCAGAUAGCAUACAGCCUGUUAACAAUUAUAAUUGAAGAUGUAAAUGAUAACCAACCACGUUUUCAACAAAAUCAUCAUAAGGCAUCAAUAUGGGAGGGCCAAACCCGCAAUACCUAUGUCUUUCAGGUUUUUGCCUCUGAUGCUGACAGUGGGCUUAAUGGGCAAGUUGAAUAUUCCAUAAUAUCUGGAAACCAAAAUGAGGCUUUCAUUAUUGAUUCAGCUCGUGGGAUUCUUACAACUAAUGCUAUUUUAGAUCGAGAAGUAAUUUCCUCCUACAGAUUGGUUCUCCAAGCAGCAGAUCGAGGAAGCCCCAGGCUUUCAGUAAAUGCCAUUAUUGAGAUUCAGAUUGUGGAUAUUAAUGAUAAUGCUCCAACUGUUCCUCCACUGACAGUUGUGAAGAUUUUUGAAAACCUCCAAACCGGCUAUGUUCUCACACAGAUAAUGGCCAAUGAUAUGGAUUUAAACCCCAUUCUUUUCUAUAAUUUUACUCAUAAUGGUAAUCCGGAAGGUAAAUUUGCUAUUAACCGCAACACUGGAGUCAUAAUUUUGACUGGGCCUCUGGACUUUGAAAAACAGUCGGAAUACUUGGUGAAGAUCAAGAUUUCUGAUUCAGUGCAUGAAACUGAAGCAGCUCUUAGAGUUUAUGUAAUGGAUAUAAAUGACAAUCCACCUCUCUUCUCUCAAGACUCGUAUCAGAUUAUAUUGCCUGAACUCUCACCAGUUAAUACCUACAUCCUGACCGUAUCUGCCACAGAUAAAGAUUCAGGGGUGAAUGGAAAAGUUUCCUAUAGAAUCCUUCCAGGAACUACUAAGGAGUUUUAUGUUAAUGCUGAAAGUGGUGCAAUAUUUACCAGGAGGACUGUACACUAUACAACUUAUAACUUUGUGGUGCAGCUUCUGGUAGAAGCUAAGGAUGGUGGUAACCCUGCGUUGACAAGCAUUACAUUAGUGGAGAUACAAAUUCAGGAUAUCAAUAACAAUGCUCCUCAAUUUACACAAGCAGUUUAUAAUAUCAGUGUUAAUGAAGAGACAGCAGCUGGGAUAACUCUGUUGUCAUUUUCAGCAAUAGACCAAGACUGGACACGUGAGAAUUCUUACAUUGACUACGCUAUUAUUGGAGGCAAUGAACAAAACAGGUUCCAUAUUGAGAACUCUGUGAUUCAAACAGAGAAUCAUUAUAGUAUGGUAGGCAAGCUGGUAUUAACAAAUAUAUUGGACAGAGAACUUACUAACAACUAUAGUUUGGUUGUGUGUGCAUCUGAUCGAGGAACCCCGCCACUUAAUUCAACCACAAUAAUAUUAAUGACUGUACUUGAUUUCAAUGAUAAUUCUCCAGUUUUCAACAGCUUGGAGUACCAUGUUGAAGUUCUAGAAAGCACCCCUGUAAAACACAAGCUUAUCCAAGUCUCUGCCUAUGAUCAUGAUCAGGGAGUAAAUGCAGAUAUCAAAUACAGUAUAAUUUCUGGAAAUGAGAAAGAAAAUUUUAGAUUGGAUCCUAAAACUGGUUUUGUAGAAUUAAUGCUGCCUCUUGACUAUGAAGAUGUACCAAAAUUCACAUUAACUAUCCGAGCAGUUGAUGGUGGCAUUACUCAUCAAAACAUGGUUACUUCAGUCCUUUAUAUUAACGUAUUAGAUGACAAUGAUAAUGUUCCUUAUUUUAUAUUUCCUACACUGAAUUGUUCAGUGUAUGAAAAUGAGCCUAUCUACACCUCAGUGUGUGCAGUUCAUGCAUUCGAUUAUGAUGAUGGUCCCUUUGGUUAUUUGACAUACUCUAUUCUGACAUUGUCUUUAACUGACUACUCUACAUUUACCAAUUGGAAUAAUUUUAUUAUUGAUCCAAUUACUGGUGAUAUCUACACAAAAAGAUUGAUUGAUUAUGAACAACAAAAAAAAUGCACAUUUAUAGUCCAGGCAAUGGAUAAAGGUAAUGCAACAGCAACUGUAACAGUUCAAGUGGAUAUUAAAGGUAUUGAUGAAUAUGAGCCCACUUUUACCCAAGAACAGUACUAUUUCACUCUCCCUGAGCAUGUGGUGGUAGGUCAAAAAGCUGGACAAGUGACUGCUGUAGAUAAGGAUGCAGGAAUGGAUGGAAUUGUGCUGUUCUCAUUGCUACAGCCUUCUCCUUACUUUUCUCUGAAUCAAACAAGUGGAGUUAUUUAUGUUUCAGGUUCUGUUCACAAGAUUAAAGGCAGUUACAAGAGAGAAGAGAUAAUUGAGUUAGCGAUUAAAGCUAGUAGUCCUUUAUUGGGAUCCAAAUCAGCUGUUAGUACUGUUGCAAUUAACAUCUCUCGAUCAUUGGAUGCCUUGGUUGAUAAGUCAACAGACAACCUCACUUUAAGUCUCUCAAUCUCGUUUGUCAUUUUUUUGCUCCUUUCUGUGUGCUUUGGUGGCCUAGUGUGUAGAUAUAAAAGAAAAGAUAAGAAUAAUUCAAGUGCAAGAAAUCUAAAUAUAAGACUUCCAAUAAUAUCUACUAUUAUGAACCGUCUGAAUCAUUCAGUGGUAUCAUUAGGUCACCAGUAUGUCAAUGAUAAUCAGCUUGGAAAGACUCCCGAUAAUUCACUGGAACAGCUGAGUUUAGGGAAAAUCCCAAUGAUGGAGAAGUCAUUUAAUCCUUCCAGACACUCAGAUUCAAGUGGACAAGGUUCUGCAGAAGGGGAAACUGCUGAAGAUGGAGAAAUUAUAAUGAUCAAUGCAAAUCAGUUUUGCAGAAGGGAAUGUGGCUGGACAUCCAGUGUUCCCGAUUCGGGGAACCCAAGAGAGUCAGAUUGUCUGUCUUGUCAAUUAUGUAAAAACAAUGACACUGAUGCAAUCAUCAAUAGAGAAAGUGUAGGUAGCAUUUAUAACUUCAAGGCCAUACGGGGUGAGGAAGGGUACAGUGCAAAUUUUGUUGUUGAUGAUUUUCCAAAGAAUAUUCAGAAUAUUAAGGAAAAUAGUAUGAUGGACAAUACUAAGGAUCACAUAUUCAUAGUAGAUGGGCAGACUUCAUUGAUAGGAUCCCUCACUUCCCUUGUUUCCACACAAGACAAAAUACAAAACAGCUAUAAUUGUGAUUACAUAGUCACCUGGAAACCUGGGUUUCGACCUUUUGCCUCUGUCUUUACUGAGGUUGCAAAACUGAAAGAUGAAAACUUACAAAAGCAUAUCAUAAAAAAUGAAUCAAAAUCUAUUAUCCCACCCCCACUGAUAACAUCAGUUGCGCAGCAAGGCAUAAGGGUUGUCCCUCCACAAAUGCCAAUCGUAAGAUUUAAUCCAUCGUUCCCAAAAUAUUCAAACUUAUCCAUUGUCAAUAAUACAUACAGCACUGCUUCAGCUAAGACACCAGCUUUCUCUCCAUCUGUUUCUGUGCCAACUGUUCAAACUCCUUCAGCUUCUAUUAUUUUAGAUGCAGGGUUAUCUGAUCUUACCUUAAAGCAGUCCUUACACAAGCAAAAAUUAGAAGAAGAAAUAUAG